GCCCGCCUCGUGCUCUCCUCUCUUCUCUCUCCCGCAAUAUUCUCCUUCCCAUCUUCCCUCCAUCUGCAGUCCCUGCAAGUCCGACUGACGCAGACAGAGAGAGAGAGAGACUUCUCCUCUGCAGCUCGUCCCGAACUUUUGUCCCUGACUCCAAAGAAAUUCGGGGCCUUGGCUUGGCUUAGCCGGCUACACGCUUAGUGUCAGUGUGUGUGUGUGUACGAGAGUUGACGCGGUCGCUGAUCCGUCGCGUCGGUUUCGCCUCCCUCCGUUUUUGGCGCGAGCUCCCCUCCCCUCUCUUGUCUCUUCCCUCGGGUAGUCCAUCUCCACCACAUUGCCUCGCCGCUCGCCCUCCUCUCUCCGGGGUGGGAUUCGGGUCGGUGGGUCUCGACCGGUUUCCGAUUUCGCGGCGAUCCUGGACGGCUCGCGCCCGCCGUUCGCCUCCGGGCCUUUUUUUUGACCUGUUGGGUUCGGUAGUGCAUUCAGAAUGUCACAUAAGAGCAAUUUGUCACGGUGAACUGUGAGAGCGAAAGGCUGGAUGUGGAUUCUGAAAUUAUCUGGUGUCAUGUCAUCUGAUGUUUGAUCUGGAAAUCAACACCUAGUAUCUGCUGGAGAAAUGGGAAAAGACGUUGAGGUGAAAAAUUACCCAAGGCUUCAGCAAAUCUCCAAGAAGGGGAAGGAGAGGGUCUUUUCGCCCCGUGGGUCUGAAACUAUAAAGUUCCCAGAAAAGUUAAAGGUUGAAAAUGGUCAGUGUCUGCAAAAUGUGCGCCGCCAUCAUGAACCGGUAGAAAAUUUAGAUGCCCGAGCAAUCUGCCAGUAUACUUCAGGAAAUCAACAGAGGCAGUUUUUCAAGGGAAAGGUCACCAAGGAUGAUGAUCUUGUCAAGCACAUGAAAAACUUGCCGGGCUAUCUCCAGAGCAUGGAAAAGGGAGAAAACCUUCAAGGUAACGCUCUGAAUGUUGGAGUUCUAGAUUGGGAACGUCUUGAGAAAUGGAAGCCGAGUCAAAACUGUGAUUUUAGAAGAGGUAGGUUCAGUUCAUCUCUGAGUGGCAUCGACAGGUCUUUGAAUAUCUCUGAAGGGUCAUUUAGCUUACCCAGUGAUGCUCGCACUGCAAUACUUACUCAGAAAAGCAAGCUACAGGCUUCUGCUAGUUUCGAUCCCCUUUCUUCUGCUAAAGAUGGCCUUUCUCGAUGUCCAAGACCAGCUAACCGAAAAGGCAUGCGUGGUCAAGAUGCCACACAUGUUUCCAAAUUCACUUUAGAUGAGAAGACGAAGAAGAAACCAGUUUCCACAUAUGAGUCUCCUGAAGGAAACCAUUCUAAUAUCAAGCGUAAAACUGGCAGAACUGAAGAAGGUAAAAGGAUUGCUUCAGGUACAAACAGUCCAUUGAACUUGAAAAACCGCAGGAAUUUUCCAAGUUCAAAGGAGAAUUUCAGAGGUUUUAAUGCUCAUGCAGUGAAGAAAGUUGUGGAAAUCCCUCAACUGGUUUCUAAAGAAAAUUAUGUAGAGCAAAGAAACACUUCAAGGAUAGGUGCUUCAUCAUCUUCAGAACCAGGGAAACUUGAGGUCCCUUUGAUUGCAAAAAAAGAUGAAAUUAAUGGAAAGGUGGAUAACCCUCAGGAUUCAGAUGUACAUUUGGAUUAUAAGUUCUCUUCCGGGAAGCACACAAACAUAGUUCUUCUUUUACCCAAAAGAUUUCCCAAGAGCAAUCUUGCAGAAACGUCACAGCAAAAUGAUAUCAUGAGAGUCCCAGCUCAGAGUUCAUGUCGAGUAAGUCAGGAUAGUUCAUCUGGCUCCUUACUCUCUGAGGACCAUUCCACUGAACUAUGUCCUGAAAUUCCAUUCUCCUGUCCUCUGCCAUCUCAUGACACGACUCAUUGUGAAAUCCUUCACCGAGCUGCGAUGCUGUCUCCUGAUUCAUCUCCCCGUUUUCCUAGCGUGAAGAAACUGUCUGAUAUUCCCUCAGAAGUCAAACGUGGUCGGAAGCACCGGUCAAGCAGUGCACUAUUGAAUCAAAAUCUAGCUGCUAACCUGAAUAUUCUGGAGCUAGAAGCAGCUGAAAUGGAAUCAGGGAGAGGCAGCAAUUCAUCUCCCAACCACCGAUUCAGCUUUAGUUUAGGUCGGAUGAGGAAGAGUUUCAGCUUCAAAGAAAAUACUUCUGCUCCGCAGUUGAGCUCGACAUAUGUCAGUGCCAAGUCUGGUCCAGUGGGAACUGGAGAUGCUCCUUGUCUUGACUUCCCAAGCCAUGAGAGAGUGAAUGCUCCAACAAGAAGUAGAUCCAGCCCUUUAAGAAGAUUGCUGGACCCACUGCUGAAGUCUAGAUCAGCGAAUUCACAUAGUUCAGCUGAAAAUAUCACGCCAUUCAAAGGGAUGUUGCACUCAAUCAGCCCCAGGCCAAUAACUGCCAAUGAACUACUAGUCAUUGAAAAGCACGACGAAUCGAAAGUUCAAGCUCUAUUGCAGCUCACCAUGAAGAAUGGGCUGCCUUUGUUCAAGUUUGUGGUUGACAACAAUAGCAACAUUCUUGCAGCCACAGUGAAAGAUUCACCCCCUUCUGGAAAGGAUGGUGCUGGUUGUAGCUACACCUUUUACUCUGUUAAUGAAAUCAAGAAGAGAGGUGGGUGGAUGGGUCAUGGAAGCAAAGUUAAAGGAGGCGACUUUGAGUACAGUGUUGUUGGUCAGAUGCAGGUAUCAGACAAAGCAUAUUCUCACUUGGCAGCAGAAAGUUUCGGUGAGGACAUUAUUACGAGAGAGUUUGUCUUGUCUGGUGCAAGACAAGCAGAUGCAGAGUUGCCAGACUUUCUUCCUAACAGGGAACUUGCUGCCAUCGUCUUCAAGAUAGGAGCUGAUAAUUUUAGAUGCGAUAGAGAACAAGCGGAUUGCUGUAAAAAUUAUAGUAACUGGAACCCUGAAGAUUCUUUACUAGAGCAUAACUGCGAUUGCAAGUUCGCUAAUUCAAACCGUAAACCUAGCUCGGUAACAGUAAUACUUCCAGGGGGUGUUCAUGGUGUGCCUAACGAGGGGGAACCUUCUCCACUGAUUUACAGGUGGAAAACUGGUGGAUCAUGUGAUUGUGGUGGCUGGGACACUGGCUGCAAAUUGCACGUGCUUUCUAAUCAGAACACUUACUCUAAUACUCCAAACUCAAAAGCCUGCUCAAUCUCCGAUCACCUCGAACUAUUUGUCCAGGGAGAUGCUCAACUGGAAAGCCCCAUUUUCAGAUUAGCACCGUUUAGGGAGGGGAUCUACUCCAUCGAGUUCAAUUCGUCAAUCUCAUUGUUACAAGCAUUUUUCAUAUGUGUUGCAGCCCUUAGCCGUCGAGCUUCUUCCAAUCCAUCUGAAGGCAAUUGCUCGCCCGAAAUAAGCACUGUGGGAGAACUGGCUUUGAAUAGGAACGUCCCAUUGAAAGCCCCCUCCAUAAUAAAACAAGGCCGAGCUAAAUAUGCUCCAUUCCCACCCCGGUCCCCUUUCGGGAGAGUUUGAACUUGGAACUUCCUGCAGAGAUGGAUAUUUUCAUUCCGGCUGCAGGAAACCUUCAGCAGGACGGCGAAACAGGUAAAAUGCGCCUUGCAAAACCGUGGUGUAGAUCGCUAGUGUGGACGCUUGUCGUCAAAGAAUUGAAAUGACGUUCAAGAAAAGAUCCUUUCAAACAUGCGGGAACAAAUCUGUACGAAUCUGUUUUGCCAUUGCAUUUCUGGUGCAAGUUGUAACACUGUAUUAGAACCAGCCAUGUACAAAAGCAAAAAAAAAAUAACAUCAAUUAAGUGUAUCCUACAAUUUGUCAAGUGAAUGUAACACGUCUACUCCUUUGUAGUUUCUAGCAGCAGCAAGGACGAACGGACUGAACAUUAAAAGUUUUGACAAUGUUAGUGCUGGUUGCUGAUUA